AUGACGAACUUACCAACAAACUUACGAACUUCCAAACAUGUUUUUUACAUAGUUUUGUUCAUUGUAGCUAUUUAUUUUCUCGUCAUGGAUAUUAUCCUCUACGUAACUCUACAGAACAGCGUACUCUGCGAAAAGAACGACGGCAUGUACUCGCCCUUCCGUCCUCUUACCGUGAAACUGCUAAUGACGGAUCCGCUCGACCACUGGAUUACAAGUCCACUCAUGGAAUUUUUUGAUGAACUCACCGGAUUCAGUGGUGUUUUUUACUUCAUUACUCCAAACAUGAUAAGUAUUUUCCACAUGUGCCUCACUAUAUUGUCUGGUAAACUCGUCAGUUCACCUUCCUUAUACACCCGUCGGAUUGCCGUGUUGGUCUUCCAGAUGCACGGUCUGUUGGACACGCUUGAUGGAAUAGUCUACCGUGCAAGAGCAGGUAAAGUGCAUUUAUUUCAAUCGCAUCGCUCCUCUGUGGGUUACGUUAUCGACGGUGCGUGUGACACGAUUGGUGGCACGGCGCUCUGUAUAGGACUGGCCGUUAAUUUGUGCCGUAACCCCCCCUCUAAAAGACAACAAAAUACCUUACCUUGGACAAAAACUGACCUACUGAUGGACAGUCCAAACGGGGCUGCUACAAUUACUGAAAAACAAAAUGGACAUGUGAGCAAAUUCACGGCUUUUUUUCGUUGCUUUUCAUUUGGUAUGCAAUUACUUCUCGCGGCUGCCAUGUGGGACAAAAGUGUAGCCAGACUCUCAGCUAUCCUCCAAGUUCCAAUCAAAGAUCCCGCACAAGCUGCUCUUCAGGUAGAAUUGCUACACUCUUCCAGUACAUCUAUUAUAUUUUUGUUGUGGCGAUACUCCGCAGCCAUAGCUUUACUUCAGAUGGUUUUGUUUGCUAUUUUUAUAGAUAAAGUCUGGGAAUUCCUCACAUUUAUCCUUUACAUCGGCUGGCCCGUCUUAAUUGCUGUGAUUUUUGUUACUGAACUCCAUAUAAGAGCUUUACGAGAGAAAUUGCACAUGUAA